AUGUCUAACGCAGGAUCACCUUCUACUACCCUCACCAGGGUGCGCAACAGCCCCUGCGAAAUGGAAAGACUGUUCAGCCGAGAAUCACGGUAUACCAUCUGGCGGGAACUUUGGCUAUGGCUGGCACAAAGCCAGAAGGAGCUUGGCAUCGUCUACCUCGUUCCCAACCCCAAUACCAAUACCCCCAUGGAAGAGAGAAUCAUCGAAGACGAAGCUCUUGAACAGCUGAGGUGCUGUUGCCGUGCCUUAAACUACCAAGCCAGUGCUCAGCAAAGGUGCACUCUGACUCCUGAUCAUGUAUUGCAAUACCACUUCGUCACUGAUCUCGACGCCCCUAAAUCCAAGCACUGGCUCAAUCUCGGCGUCACCCACGAGUACACCCUCGAAAACACGGAGCAGAUCCUCAUGGCUCGUGCCGUGGAUAUCCUGAACACCAAGAUCGCAAUGCUUCUCUACCGACUAAAAAGCUUUGCCAUGGAUCAUAGGGAUGUACAGUGUCUCGUGUACAAGUCAGGCUCCGGAACACCGGCACCCUACAUUACAACAGUCGGAGAGAGGAUUGCUGGCUGGGCUAAGACGCUCGGUACACUCCUGCGGGCUUUUCAGAUACUUCGAUGCAAAAUCGGAUCGGCUGGAUCUCAGCCAAUUACUUCAAGCGAACAGAACUGCAUUUCCUUUUUUGACAAGAUGUCUAUGCUCCAGCACCGUUGUGGCAUCAACGCACUUUUGGGGCGCCUGUGUACUAGUCUGGGCGACACGGCUCUUCAAAUUGCUAAAGAUCUGGAUCAUUUUGACUUGACUGGUCAGUUGGUCCAGAAGGGGGCGACUAACAAUGGCCCACCUGUCACAGCGGAAGAUCCAUCGUACAAACAGUCUCCGCUCCUAAUUCUAAAGAUCGCUGCAAACACACUCAGGGAAGUAGCAGAUGAUUUCAAGAAUCCAAAUGUGUCCAAGAUUUAUGGAUGUGAGGAAUACAUCAUGGCACGGCUAUUCAAGCACGCUGCGCGAGUCGUCAGGGUACUCCAAAGCAUCGUCGAGAGCCUCUACUACGAUGCACAGAGCGCCUACACCAUCAAGUGGGUCAAGAUGCCAUCCAUGAUGGCCUCCCCUCUCGUCGGUAGACUAGUGAACCGCCACGAGGAUCGAGCGACCAUUAUGAGGCAUCUGAGGGCCGUUUGCAUCAACGAAGACAGGAUGACUCUCCCAUUUCAACUUCGAGUGGGACGUUUUCUGGCCAGACUCGUCAAUCACGAGUUCUUCAGAAGACAUGCUGAUGACGUUCGCAAUGCUGUCCUGUCAGUCGAUGAUGUCUCUUGUUUUGAAAAACGAGUUGAUGAGAUCUGCGGACAGAAUGGUAUCAUUGCCAUGAGACUUCAACCUUACCAGGCCUAUAUUCGAGAGAUGACUGCUGGAGAGGCACGUCCGCAGUCACCUCCGACGAUUCAGGCUGCCCCGGGCCACUAG